AUGACAAUUUUAUCAGUAUUCCUGUUAACUGUAAGUUUUGAUCCCGAAAUUACAUAAUUUCAAAUAUUUUGUUUCAGAUUUGUAUUUUUCAAAUCUCUUCAUUAAUAUUUUGUAUCAAGAAAAAGCGACGGGUUGUAGAUGUAUUAAGUUCGUAUAAAGACAAAUCGGAAGUUGAAGUCAAAAAAGAAAAAGAUUCAAAAACAAAAACGAAUUCGGCUUCGGCUUCGGCUUCGACCGCUCCAAAAUCAUUUGAGAAAACUCAAACCAACACAGAGAAAAAGACGAGCGAAAAAGAAAAAAAUAAAUCAGUGGAGGAUGAUACUUUGGAUACGAUUGAAAGUCUGAAAACUGAUAAGGAUGAGAAAACAAGAAUAUAA